AUGUCUAAUAUUGAUAAUAAUAAUAAUGAUGCGAAUGAUGAUGGUCUUGCAGAAUAUCGUCUAGCAUUAGCUCAUCACACUUCUGAAAAUUCUUUAUCUAAACAAGAAAAACGUGCAGAAUUACGUUCACGUUUUUUAAAUGUUCUUGAAUAUUUAAAAACUAAUCAAACUAUUUCACCUAUUCAACUUGAUUUUCAUCGUGAAUCAUCAUUAAUUGCUACUCGUUGUCUUAGUAUAGAUUCAAAUUUUUCUCAAAUAUUAGUACAAGAUUUACAAACACAUAUUGGUCAUAUGCCAACAGCAUUGAUUCAUCAAACAACUGCAGCAGCAUCAAAAGAAAAAACACCUUUUGUGUAUAUUGAUUGUUGUUUAAUUCAAUCAAUCGAUGAAGAUGAUGAACAAUAUGAAGGUUGUUUAUGUUCAUUCAAUGAUACUUGUACGAGUUGUUCAUGUGCAAGUCGUUUUGGUAUUAAUUAUAAUUCAUUGAAUUGUUUAAAUAUGAAUAAAAAUGGUCCAAUAUUUGAAUGUAAUUCUGAAUGUCAUUGUUCAUUUGAACUUUGUCAAAAUCGUGUUAGUCAAAAAGAAGAUCAAUCAAAAAAUGUUGAAAUAAUUUCAACAUCUAAUAAAGGUUAUGGUGUUAUUAUUAAAAAACCUAUUCUUUAUCCUGGUACAUAUAUUGGUGAAUAUGUUGGUGAAGUUUUAUCAGAAAAUAAAGCUCAUAAUCGAAUAGAAUUAACUAAAAAUUAUGAACAUAAUUAUUUAUUACUUUAUAAUGAACAUCAUCAAUCAGAGAAAAUCAUAAAAACAUUUAUUGAUGCACGUUAUUAUGGAAAUUGGACAAGAUUUAUUAAUCAUAGUUGUAAUCCUAAUUUACAUAUUGUACCAAUACGAAUUGAUCAACCAACACCACCACAUUUCGCUUUUUUUAGUUUACGAAAAAUUGAUGCAAAUGAAGAAUUAUCUUACAGUUAUGGAACAAGAAUUGAUGAGAAACAUUCUAAACCAUGUUAUUGUU